UAUCUCGUAUUUUCUCAGUGUUAUCUGCAUCCACCAAAUCACUCGACAAAUAGUUUCUUUAUAAUUUCGCCUGUGGAAUUCAUUUUAAGUAAAUUUUACCAUUUUUGGGAAUCACGUAACAUACGAUGUAAUAGCGAUCGAUAAUUUUAGAUUAUACUGAUCUGUCUAACAAUUCAUCGCUGGCUUGAAAUCUAGAGCGAUAUCAUAAAAGUGUGAUGAAAGCUUAAGAGCAAAUUAUUUUUGAUUAGCUUGGUCAUGUUAUUACAGCUUGUAAGAAAAAAUUCAGUUCAAUUGAAGUCAAUUGAUUGAGUUUACUGAUAGUUUGAAUCUUUUUCAAUAGUGUUGUUGCUAUGUUGAGGUAUUAGAUAAUAGAUAAUAGCUCAAGUUCACUUAGUGUUUCAUAUAUAAAUAUAAUUCAAUGAGAAUAAUGUAAAAGCGUUAUUUGAAUAACAAUUCUAAUCAUUAGCGGUGAGUGUAUCACUCACAUGUAUUACUUAAUCAAGGACAAAUAAAUUUGAAUCCACCAUCAUCAGCUUUCUUCCCUGGUUUAAAGUCUGUUCAUUACAGUUUAUUCAAGGCUGCAUAGGGUUUUAUCAAAUAAUAUUUACUAGCCACUUACUUGAAACACUCAUUGCUUUACAAUGUUUUUCAUUGAUUCUUAUGUCGAUCCAACUUUGCUUAAUUUUUUUUAUGGAUUAGUGACUCUAUUCGUGGUACAUUAUGUCAUCAAAUUUGUUAGGAGAGUCCGUGCCUUACCUCCUGGACCAUGGGGACUACCAAUUGUUGGUUACUUACCCUUCAUUAGACAAGAUGAGUGUAACCAUAUGACCGAGUUGGCUGCAAAAUAUGGACCAGUUUUCAGUUUAAAGUGUGGUCAGUUUGAUGUUGUUGUCAUCAAUCAAUGGAAGUGUAUUAAAGAAGCUUUGGCGAAUGAACACUUGCUUGGUCGACCUAAAGAGACUAUUUUACCAGGUGUAAUUGAACAUUUUUCAUUCGUCGAAAUGUCUGGUGAACGGUGGAAGGAACAGAGACGAGUUGCUUUAACUACACUUCGAGAUGUUGGUUUGGGAAAGAGUAAAAUGGAAGAUUCGGUACGAGACGAGAUUGAUUCAUUUACUGAAAGAAUCAAAUCUUUUGAAGGCAAACCAAUAUCAAUAUCUAAUAAACUAUCUUUAAGUAUAUCAAACAAUAUAUCAACGCUGGUAUUUGGACACACAUACGCUUAUGAUGAUCCUGUUGCUCUGGAUAUGGAAAAUAUGCUGGUCCAAGCCAAUGGUAUGCUUCGAUAUUUUAACGUUGCAAUAUUUAUGCCAUCAGUCGCGAGCUUGAUCCUUAGAUUAAACCUUUUUGGCUUAUCGAAAUUUGGAGAUCUAUUCAGAAAAUUCGAAUCUCAUAUUAAUGAUGAGGUUAUUGAACACAGAAAAAAAGAUAUUGAUGAUAAUGGAAUAAAAGAUUACAUCGAUGGAUUCCUCCAUGAAAUGUCCAAAAGACAAAACGAAAAGGAUUCAACUUUCAAUGUAAAUACUUUACAACGAAAUGCAUCAAUGUUUUACGCAGCUGGAUCGGACACAAUAACGACUACACUUCAAUGGAUCAUCAUGUAUCUGGUUAAAUAUCCUGAAUACCAGAAUAAGAUACGAGAUGAAAUUAAACAAACUAUUGGCUUGAAUAGACAACCAGAAAAUAUCGAUCGACAACAAAUGCCUUUUACAAUGGCAUUCAUUUACGAAGCUUUGCGACACUCUUCAAUAAUUGCACUCAAUCUAGCAAGAAGAGCACUUGAAGAUACCAAAGUUGGGGGCUAUUCAAUACCUAAAGAUAGUUUUGUUAUAUUUAACUUUUGGUCAGUCCAUCAUGAUCCAAAUUUAUGGGAUAAUCCUGAGUUAUUCAAGCCUGAACGGUUUCUUGACGAAGAUAAAUCUAAAGCCAUCAAACCACCUUAUUUGGUUGCCUUCAGUGGUGGAAAAAGAGUUUGUCCUGGAGAGAGUUUUGCUUAUCUUCAAAUAUUCUUGUAUCUUGUUUCAAUUUUACAACAAUUUGAAAUCUCAGUUGAAUCAGGCAAAGAUAUUUCAUUAGAAAGAGUUCAAAAAUUCAGCAUACGGCCAAAAAUUUUACCCGAUUUUAUUUUUACAAAUAUUGAUUGAAAUGCUCACCUGCAAAGAGCCCUAUUAUGGUCAACAAUAAUUCCCUUGAUAAGUCAAUCUUAUCGUAACCAUUUGUGAUACUCUUAGCUUUAUCAGUCUCAUCAUACUUCAUAGUUGACUGAUUUAGGUUGAUAGAUAUGUGCGUGAACGAUUUAAGCGAAUAAAGGCGUUAAUUCGGUCCUUUAUCUGGAUAGAUUCGUUUUCCAUUUGAUAAAACUCAAUAUUUAACACAACUAGCAGCAAAAAAUAAUGUGGAUUAACAGUAAAUCUGAAUUGAGGAAAGCAAACAGAAAGCAAAAAACGUCUAAAUUUUCAAGAUACUUUUCAAGAUACGUGUAAAAUUGAUUUUCAUGAUUUUCCAUCAUUAGUUUUCACAUAAGCUUUGUAUUGUUAUUCAAAUUGGAUUAAAUCAACAAUUUUUUUAGAUUAGCAAAGUAAGCUAAAUUGUAAAGAUGAACUUUGUCAAUAUAAAAAUUACUGUUAAGUCUCUUC